AUGCGGUGUAAUUUAUCCCCCGGUCAGAUCAUCGGUGCGAGCCUCGCGAUUGUGCCUGUCGUACACGCGUUGUCGCCGCGCACGGAGAUCUCCGACUCGUACGAUUUUGUGAUCAUUGGAGGAGGACAGGCUGGACUGACUGUUGGUGGCCGCCUUGCUGAAGACACAAAUCACACCGUCUUAGUUCUAGAGGCGGGUGGCAAUGGCGAUGAUUAUCGUGAACGUAUAGAUACCCCAGCAUACUCAUAUUUUGAUUCUUUAUGGACAACGCCUUUAAAUUGGAAGUACUACACCGUUCCACAGUCCAAUGCCGACGACCGAGAGAUUUAUUGGCCUCGAGGCAAGGUACUUGGAGGCAGUUCCGCGAUCAAUGGGUUAUAUUUGACCCGCCCAGGCGAGGGUGAUAUUACCGCCUGGAAAGAUCUGUUGGGCGAUAUGGCUGGAGCAGAGAAUUGGUCAUGGGACUCUUUCUACGCUGCCAUGAAAAAGAGUGAGAAUUUCACGGCACCAAGUGACUCUAUAGCCGAAGAGGCCGAUAUUCACUGGAACAUAUCGAAUCAUGGCACUGCAGGACCGAUCCAGGCGUCCUACCCGGGAUACACAUUCCCCCAGGUGGGCUACUGGUCAGAAUCUUUGGAAAACAUCGGUAUUUCCGUUUCUGCAGACAUGUACGGUGGUGAGAACUGGGGUGCCGAGGUCUCAACAUCAUGUAUCAACCCUUCCAACUGGACACGAUCCUAUAGUCGGACAGGCUAUCUCGACCCACUUCCCGAUCGAGGAAACUACGAUGUUCUGGCCAAUGCAUAUGUGACUCGCAUUGUCUUUGACACCUCGAACUCGGAUAAUUUGACGGCCACUGCGGUCGAAUACACAACUGACAAUGGCACGACUACGUCGACGGUCAACAUUACCAAAGAGGUCAUUCUCUCUGCUGGCUCAAUUGGCAGCCCAGCAAUCCUAAUGUACAGUGGUGUGGGUCCUAAAGACGUUCUCUCCGAUGCGGGUAUUGACCUGCUCUCUGAACUACCCGGUGUCGGCCAACAUCUGCAAGAUCAUUUUAGUGCUACUGUGACUUGGGAUAACGAUGUGACCACCUCCGGCGACGUUUAUUACGAGGAUGAGUCCGACAAGGACAAUGAACUCUACCUCUCAUACAUCGACGACGCCAUCGCUUACGUCAAUGCUACUGCGUUAUAUGGGAGUGACCUUUCCUCGAUGGAAUCAAGCAUUCUCGCUUCCAUUGACCAGUACGCACCAAACUCGACAUACAGCGACGAGGUGAUCGCGGGCUACAAAGCCAUCUGCAAUAUUACAGCCAAGAAUAUCUUCAACAGUCCCACCGGUAUUAUCGAGCUUUUGUUUAUGAACAGCGAUGCGAAUGGUGAUAUUGGUAUCACUGCUGCUCUCCAGCAUCCAUACAGCCAUGGUCGUAUUUACAUCAACUCCUCGAACCCACUGGACUACCCCGUCAUCGACCCGAACUAUCUAUACAACCCCGCUGAUUACGAGAUCCUCCGUGACGGCCUGAAAAUGGCACGCAGUAUUGGUGAAGCAAGCCCCCUGUGUAGCAACCUGACAUCGGAAACAGCUCCCGGCACAAAUGUCACGACCGAUGAUGAGUGGGUAACCUGGCUACGCGGCGCUGCCAGCACAGAAUUCCACCCUUCUUCCACCUGCGCCAUGCUACCCCGCGAAUUAGGUGGUGUUGUCGAUGCAAACCUCCUGGUAUAUGGCCUAGCGAAUGUUCGGGUUGCAGACGCUAGUGUUCCCCCGAUUUCAUUGUCUACCCAUCUUAUGUCCUCGACAUAUGGAGUUGCUGAGCAAGCGGCGAACAUUAUUCGUGGAUUUUAUAAUGGUGUGCCCAUGACACAGUCUUCUGGUAGCAGCGGCGGCGGUAGCGGUAGUAGUGGUGGCUCUAAUACCACCACUGCUGCGAAGAGCUCUCAAUCUACAGGAUCAGAAGUUGCGCCAAGUAACAGCGCUUCUGGUAAAGGGGGUGCCCUUUUGUACAGUUGGAUGUCUAUUUUCCUCUUUAUUGGCUUGUCUCUGUAG